UGCGCCCCCUUUCGCCAAACAUAGAAAAGCUGUGUGUUUUUAUCGCCCCCUUUUUUGUGUGCAUGUUGCUUCGGCAACCCUGGCGCUGCGGCUGCAUAAGUGAAUUCCGACGAAGAGCCGUGUCAUUAUAUUGUUGGCCAAAAUAUCUUUUCGUCAAGAUUAAUUGGCCGCAAAAACUCGAUUACUUCAAGUGCUCGUCGGCCUCAUAUCAUUAUUUUUUAAGACGUGUGUGUGAUUUGGAUUGCCGUCAAACACAAUAGGCCGACUUGCUCCCCCGCAGUCACCCCUCUCCACCCACACGGGUGAUAGGGUUGCCAGAUCAACGAUAAAUCACGCACUAUUUAGUUUAAUCCGGAAUUUGUGAUUUUUGCUUGAGAAAUUUCGUUGUUGUUUUUUAUCCAGUCCAAAUGUCAGCUGUUUCACGCAACAUGAACCAUAAAAAAAGCGGAACAGCGAAACGCAGAAAAAGAGCAAAUCGAUCAAGCCCAGGACAACAACAACAAAAGCAAGAGCAAGAGAAUCAGCAACAACAAGCUGAGAAAAAGAGCUGCUAACAACGUAAACAAAAACUAAACACACAUAUAAACACACAAAAAGAGAUAGCAACAACAACAAUAAUAAGAAGGCAGCGAGAAUAAAGAGAGUGAAAAUAGAGAAGGAGAAAGAGAUACAGAGAAAAGAGAUAGAAAGAUUAACGAUAACAGAUAAAAUUACCACAGACUACAAGGAGCAGUUCGGCAAAGGGGAGUUCGGUGAGGUGGUCAUCGGAACGCAGGAUCAAUCUCCGCCAUGACAAUCAUACUCUUCCUGGUGGACACCUCGUCGUCCAUGUGCCAGAAGGCGUAUGUGAAUGGGGUGCAGAAGACGUAUCUGGACAUUGCCAAGGGCGCCGUGGAGACGUUCCUCAAGUAUCGCCAGCGGACGCAGGACUGCCUGGGUGAUCGCUACAUGCUGCUGACGUUCGAGGAGCCGCCGGCGAACGUGAAGGCCGGAUGGAAGGAGAACCAUGCCACCUUCAUGAACGAACUGAAGAACCUGCAGAGCCACGGCCUCACCUCCAUGGGUGAAUCGCUGCGGAAUGCCUUCGAUCUGCUCAACCUGAACCGCAUGCAGUCGGGCAUCGAUACGUACGGGCAGGGCAGGUGUCCCUUCUACCUGGAGCCAUCGGUCAUCAUUGUGAUUACGGACGGCGGGCGGUAUUCCUACCGCAACGGUGUCCACCAGGAGAUCAUACUGCCGCUCAGCAACCAAAUACCGGGCACCAAAUUCACCAAGGAGCCCUUCCGCUGGGACCAGCGUCUGUUCUCGCUGGUCCUCCGAAUGCCGGGCAACAAGAUUGACGAGCGCGUGGACGGCAAGGUGCCGCACGACGAUUCGCCCAUCGAGCGGAUGUGCGAGGUGACGGGCGGACGGUCGUAUCGCGUGCGAAGCCACUAUGUACUCAACCAGUGCAUCGAGAGUCUGGUGCAGAAGGUGCAACCGGGUGUGGUGCUGCAGUUCGAGCCAUUGCUGCCGAAGGAGGCUGGUGCCGGUGCCGGUGCCAGUACUGGGGCUGCCGGCGGCAGUGUGACGGCGGAGAGGACCCUGCUGAACAGUUUGGUUUCCAAUUUGGUAUCCUCGUUGACGACCGCGGUGGAGCCACCGCCGCCCGACAUCGUCUUCCAGCCGGUGAAGAAGAUGAUCUACGUGCAGAAGCACAUCACGCAGAAGACCUUCCCCAUCGGCUACUGGCCACUGCCGGAGCCCUAUUGGCCGGACUCGAAGGCCAUCACGCUGCCGCCGCGCGACGCCCAUCCCAAGCUGAAGAUCCUCACGCCGGCGGUGGAUGAGCCGCAGCUGGUGCGCAGCUUUCCCGUCGAUAAGUACGAGAUCGAGGGCUGUCCGCUGACGCUGCAGAUCCUCAAUAAGCGCGAGAUGAACAAGUGCUGGCAGGUGAUCGUGACCAAUGGCAUGCACGGGUUCGAGCUGCCCUUUGGCUACCUGAAGGCGGCGCCGAACUUCUCGCAGGUCCACCUCUAUGUGCUGGCCUACAACUAUCCGGCGCUGCUGCCCAUCCUGCACGACCUCAUCCACAAGUACAACAUGAGUCCGCCGAACGAUCUGAUGUACAAGUUCAACGCCUAUGUGCGCUCCAUACCGCCGUACUACUGCCCGUUCCUGCGCAAGGCGCUGGUCAACAUCAAUGUGCCGUACCAGCUGCUGCAGUUCCUGCUGCCGGAGAACGUGGACAACUAUCUGUCGCCGACCAUUGCCAAUCAGCUGAAGCACAUCAAGAACACCGCCAAGCAGGACCAGGAGAAUCUCUGCCUGAAGGUCUACAAGCAGCUGAAGCAGCCGAAGCCCCCCUAUCGCCAGGUGGAGACGGCCAAACUGUGCACGGGUGCGGCCCUGCGCAGGGAUCUGGUGCGGCAUCCACUGCUGCGGGAAACGUUUGCCAAGCUGCAUGCGGAAAUAGAGCCGGUGGAGAACUAUACGAUUGUGGUGCCGCAGCUGACGCAUCAGUCGUCUGCGAAGACGUAUCGCAAUCCCUUCGACAUACCGCGUCGCGAUCUGGUGGAGGAGAUAGCCCGGAUGCGGGAGACGUUCGUGCGACCCGCCUCGGUGGUGGCCAAGGAUUCGGGCCACUGCCUGCCCAUCGCCGAGAUGGGCAACUACCAGGAGUACCUCAAGAACAAGGACAAUCCGCUGCGCGAGAUCGAGCCGACGAAUGUGCGCCAGCACAUGUUCGGCAAUCCCUACAAGAAGGACAAGCACAUGGUGAUGGUGGACGAGGCCGAUCUGAGUGAUGUGGCGCCGAUGAAAUCGCCCAAUGGCAACGGCCCGGGCGGUGCGCCGCCUGGUUCGCCAUCCGGUUCGGGUUCGCCCACGGGAGCGGGUCCGUCGGGUGCGCCGGGUUCGGGGCCGGGCGGCGGUCCCGGUCCCGGUAUGUCCGGCAUGGGCGGCGGCAUGUCCGGACUGAUGCUGGGAGCCGGUGGCAGUGGCGGCUCCUCCAAGAAACUCGAUGGCACGUCCAGGGGGCGCAAGAGAAAAGCCGGUCCGUUGCCACGUGGCUUUGAAUUCCGCCGCAUGUCCACGGACUCGCGAUCCUCCUGCUCCAGUUCGGUCUCCUCCUCGUCGACGGGCAGUGCGCCGGGCUCCCCGCUACCGGGGGCCACCUCCACAUCCCUGGCUGGCUGCGAUUCCGUCCAGGGAGGCGGCGUCGGCGGCAUCGGCGGCAUCGAUGGCAGUCCCAGUGCCAGCUGCUUUGACGAGGACAGCAACAGCAACAGCAGCUUUGUGAGCUCCACAUCGGAGGCAUCGUCGAUUGACUCUGGCAUGUCCUCCAUCUCGCACACGGAUCGCCUGGGCAUCGGUUUCGACUUCAACGAGGAGGAGACCAGCGAUCAGGACACGCCGCUCAAUGGCUAUGUGCACAACUUUAUCAACGGCAUCAGCGAUGAUGCGCUGGCAUCGGGCGAAACGGAAUCUUUGCCAGGUGCUGGCGUUUCCCCGCCAGCCAGCGAAACACCAACUGGAGGCGGAGCUGGAGCAACAGGAGCAGCGGGAGCAGGAGGAGCAGUGAUAGCAGCAGCAACGCCAGCAGCGGCAUCUGUGAUCCAGGCCAGCAAUGGCAGCGAUGUGUGCUCCUCCAGUUCCAUUCACAGUUCCAGCGCCAGUUCCUCGGGCGUGCUCUAUGUGCCGCUCAAUGGCCUGACCACCCAUGCGGCCUACAGCAGCAAUCUGGGCGGACUCAGUUCUCCGCUGGACAACCUGAGCUCUCUGGGCGGAGCGGGCGUCGGAGCAGGAGGAGGAGGAGCAAGUGGAUUGCUGAGUGGCGGCAAGCCGGGAUCACUGCCCCUGGCCAAUGGCUAUGGACAUCCGCACAGUUCGGUCAUCUCGCCGCCGUCGCCGCUCUCCCUGGUGCCUCCGUCGUCGCUGGGAACGGGUGCGUCCACCUCCAGCUCGGCCUACUUCAGCCACAACGACAUCAACGAUGCCUCGGAGAUCUCGCGCAUCCUGCAGACCUGCCACAAUGGCACCAGCGGCGGCACCGGAGCGGGGGCAACCAAUGGGAAUGGCAGCACGGAGAUGGGGGCUGCUGGGGGAUCAUCCACGUCAUCCGCAUCCGAUGACCAUGCCACGCUGGGUGGUGGCGGCGGCAACAGUUUUGAUGCCCUGAAGCGAGCCGCUGGACUGGCGGGCGCCAGCACUGGCACUGGAGCGGGGAAUCCGCAUUACUAUUGGGCCAGUGGUCUCAAUCAUCACAACAUCAAUAACAACAAUAGUGGUGGUGUUGGUGGUGUUGGAGGAGCAGGACCAGGACCAGGACCAGCGGGCAGCAAUCACCAACGCGGCCACAACAACAGUAGCCCCUGCAAGCUGGAGCUCAAGAGCAGCUCCUCCAGCUGCGGCUCCUCGCCGACGCACAACAACAACGGGGAGAUGACGACCAGUCCACGGGGACAAUCGCCGAUGCCCCUGAUCUUCAGCGAGGAGCAGCGUGAGGCGGCCCGGUUGCACAACAUUGAGCUGCGAAUGCAGAUCUAUCGGGACAUCCGGCGACCAGGACGCGACUACAGCCUGCUGCUGGAGCACAUGAACCUGGUCAAGGGCGACCACGAGAUGCAGCAGGACUUCGUGGAGAUGUGCAUCGGGGAGACGUUGCGCUUCCGCCGUCAUCGCAUGGUGUCCAGCAUCCAGGAGUGGUGGGAUCGCAAGCAGCAGUUAGCCGGAUCCGGAUUGGGAUUGGGAUCACCUCAUGGAGCAACGACAACAGCAGCAGCAGCAGCAGCGGCAGCAGCAGCUACCAUUACGGAGCAGGCCGUCGCCAAGAGUUAACGAUGGCUCAUGUGGCACCACUGAGCCCGCGGGGUCAUCCAAUCCAUCUGUCUGUGAUGUCAACAAAUUUGAAAUCGAAAUCGAAAUCCAAGUCGAUGUCGAAAUCGAAAUCAAAAAAAAAACAAAGGGAAAAGCAGCCCAACGGCAGCCAAGAAUUCUCGUCAAUUUCCAAUAUACUGUAUAUAAAUGCCAGGACAGGAUCUGGAUCGGGAUCUGGAUCGGGAUCAAUGCCGGGGGAUAUAGCCACUAUAUCGCAUACCAAACAACAUCAGCAACAACAAAACCAACAACAACAAAAACGACAAGGAGAAGCAGCAACAAUUCUAAAGCAGAAAGAAAACACCACAUUUUUGGGGGCGAUUUCUUAGUUAGUUAAGAAGUUUAGUAGGAGUUUUUUGUAGGGCGUGCGUUUGGAUGCGGAUACAAAUCCACUCGCCAGCAUGCAAGAUACAUGUAAUUAAACUAAAUAUAAAUACUUAAGUAUAGGCAUUAGUUAACGAUAAAACUUAAAACAAAACAAAAACAGAAAAAACCAGAAAAAACUAAAAGAUUUUGUAGCAGCCGUUUCAGUUGUAAUAUUUUUUUUUUUUUUUUUUACCUAGUAAUAUACAAUAUAUUUUUCUCUUCUACGCCUAAGAACUUAGGAAUUAUUUAAAUUAGACAUAUAUCAAUUUAAGUGUAUAUUGUAUGUGUAUAAAAAAAUGGGAAAGUUUAGGAAAAGCUUGAGCUUAUUUGAGCCUCACACAUUUUAGCCAAUUUUUGUUGGACCUGUUUCAAGAAAACUUCGCUUUGAUUUUAGCCAAAACGAAUAGGGAACGUAAAAAAAAUGCAAAAAAAUUACACAACACAACACACACACACACAUUAUAUAGUAUAUACAUAUAUUUAUUGCCUAAAUCGGGUCAGCGUUUCAUUAUCUAAAAUAAUCGUAUUAACAUGUAUUUUCGGUUUCCACCAAUCCUCUAUUUUUUUCUUUUUUGCUCUUAUGUUGUAUAUUUUCUUAAAUAAUUAUGCAAAUUGUAAUGUGAGCGCAUAGCCUUUAAGCACACACAGAAAAUAAUAUUUUGAAAGGCAGGCAAAAGGAUAAGCAAAAAAAAAACGUACCGUUUGUUAUAUAUAUAUAUAAAAACAACAAAAAAGUAAUACAUUUUUGCACUAUUUUUUUACGUGUAUGUUUGUAUGCAUUGCCUGUGAGUAAUUGAUUAAUAACAAAAAAAGGAAACCUUUACUAGUAGUUAGGCGGAGGGCAGUGAUUUUAGGACUGCUUCAGGAUUAAAUAAAUAUGUACAAUUUAGAGUGUGCGUAUCAAACAAAUUUCAUAAGACAUCUAAAACAACAGAAACAACAGAGCAGCAGUAAAACAAUACGAAAUCAAAACGAAAAUAAAAAGAGGAAGCAUUGCA